AUGACACAAUUUUUUACACGUUCAAAAAAAUCGGUCGCAACUAAUCAGGGUGGAGACUAUUCUAUGGGACAUACUUCUUAUUCCGGUCCAUCUCUCAUGCUAGCGAGCAGUCAGAUACGAAACGGUCUGCUCGAUUCAUCCACCUUAACCAAUUCAGAAUUCUUCUAUGAUUUGCCUCGUGACCAAGAGGACAGGGAAUCCAAACGAGAUCGGUCGGGGCCAAAAUCGGUUGAUCCGACAAACACGGACGUAACGGAUGACGCAGACUUUGGACAGAGCGUUCGGAUGAUCGCUAAAAGCCGAACAUCACACGUAUCAGGAAUCGAAAAAGCCACAAAUUUAAGGCGGGUGAAAAAGUCAGAUCCCACCGAUGAUAUCACAAAUGGACGAGCUCAACUCCUGAACUCAUCCCCCGCGCUUGAAGUCAAGACGAGACCGGGACCGUUUGGUUGGUACAGGCUCAGUCGAGAUAGUGCUUUGCGCACAAAGGAACGGUCAAAAAUGACUAUGCGAGAGCUGAUGAGACGUGCUCAACAAGCGAUCAAUAUUCCGCGCUAUUUGGGAGCGCUGCUCUCGAAAAACCGGUCUGUUUUGCUCCCACGAGAUUUACCCAUACUGGUUACUGAUGUGGAUUAUUUUGAACAACUGGGCACAUUCUUGUCCCAAACCUCAUACAGUGAUCUUCAGGACUAUGUAACAUUUUCGAUCUUACACAAAUACGCCAGUUAUGUGGAUGACGAAGCAGCCUCCUUGAAAAAGAAAUUAUUAAAACCAUUGGCAGGUCAGCCAUUCAAACUGCAAUCACUAAUAGCCCUGGAUUAUCGUCCACAGGAAAAGUUUGAGAGGACAAAUCCAUUUGCGGAUCACUUUCUGAAAUCCUAUUCACAGUUUUACUUUGAAAAAGAAAAACUUAAUCCCCUCGGAUUACCGACUGCAGCAACAUUGAGGUACUUGCCUUGGCUAAUUCAUUCCCAUAGGAGUUUAAUUGAUCUGGUCGGAGCCCUGUAG